UUGGAUGUGGAAGCUGUGGAAUGUACCUUAUCCUGGAACAGGCUGCAGAAUAACAACCCCGUUUUUCUCCAGAGCCUCCCAUCUUCCCAGGAGCUGGGCCAGGGAAAUGGCUGUGGUGGAUCCAGCUCAGGGGCCGGUGAGCUUCGAGGAGGUGGCUGUGUAUUUCCCCAUGGGUCAGGGGGCUCUGCUGGACCCCGCUCAGAGAGCCCUCUACAGGGACGUUCUGCAGGAGAACUAUGGGACUGUGACCUGGCUGGGACUCCCCAUUCCCAAACCUGCCCCGAUUGCCCAGCUGGAAGCAGGGGAAGAGCCGUGA